AUGGAGCCAGCUCCUGAGGCCGCCUCCCCGGCACCUCGGCCGGACCUCCCCACCCCACCCGACGCCCCCGCAUGCAGUGAAAGCCCAACACCGUCUACAAACUCCCGGCCUGUCUCAGCCGUCGUCCCACCCUACUGGCAGCGCCACGAACGCAAUGCAUCGCGCGCAUCCCAGAGUUCCCUCGUACCGGGCAUCACACUAGAAGACCACGCCGCCGACCCGGAAUGCGAGACGAGUCGUGGUCUCUGGGCGCGCAGCGUCAGUAUUGAGGAUCAUUGCGUUGUGCAGGGGAAGACCGGGGUGGGUGCUUAUGUGGUGUGGAAUUGUACGGUGCAUACGUUAGAUGGAGGACCGAUGGUUGUUCGAUUGAGAUACUCUGAAUUUGACGAGCUGAGGCAGAGGCUCGUUUCUUCGUUUCCGCAUGCUAGGAGUGCGCUUCCUGCUCUUCCGCCGAAAAGUGUGCUUUUCAGAUUCCGGCCUACUUUUUUGGAGAAUCGGAGGGUUGGGCUGGAGUAUUUUCUCAAUUGCAUUCUCCUGAACCCGGAGUUUUCGAGCUCGCCGAUCGUCAAGGAUUUUCUCUUUGGGCGAAUGUCAUAA